AUGGCCGGAUGGUGGUUUGUGUUGCUCUGGAUAUUGACACCCUUGGUCAAUGCUGGUGUCAUUGAUCUUGCUAAGCGAUCGGUCCUGUCAGAUUUAUCUGGUGGAUUCUGUCGCAGUUAUCGAUUUGGUGCCGAUAUUGCCAACAAUGUGUUGUAUAUGGUUGGUCUGGACGGAGGAUUGGUCCCAGACGAUGGCGAUGCUUCGAACAACUAUCUCGUGACGCUCGAUCUCACAUCAUCCUUUUCAACGUCGGAAGGCAAGAAUUAUAAAAUGACAAAGAUCGACACCGAUGUCCCGAAGAUAAAAGACAUGGCGCUUUGGUCAAAAGCCGACAACACCACCUUAUAUCAAUACGGAGGAAGAUUCUUGGAAAACAUCACAAACGAGAACACCAUUUGGACUUAUUCAAUCGACGAUAAGACCUGGGCGAAACAGGAUGGCACCAUUCAGCCCACACGAUUGGAGUAUGGUGUUUAUACAAACGCGCCAGCUAUCCAAGCCGGCUAUUGGAUCGGUGGCUACCAAGGCAGUGGCACAACUGCUUCCAUUACCGAUUCAACAAAAGACUAUGCCACCGGACUGAUCCAGCUGAAUACCACCACCGGGAUGUAUACAUCUCUGGACGGGCCCUACGAAGCAGUCGAGGAAGGCUCUCUUUCGUAUGUGCCAGUUGGAGACAUGGGAAUUUUGGUAUACAUUGGUGGUGAUGUCCCUUCUAUCAAGGAUGGAAUCAACGCUACAAUGUCAUCGAACUCGUGGGAUCACGUCCAAGUCUACGACAUCGCCGGAGCUAAAUGGUAUAACCAGUCCACGACAGGAACUGCCGCAUCGCGCACACAAUUUUGUGCUUCUGUCCAGCACGAUGAAUCCUCAUCUUCUUAUCAAAUAUACGUUCUCGGAGGCGCUGAUCUGAACUCCAAAGAUACCAUUUUGGACGUAAACUACUUAUCGAUUCCGUCAUUCAAAUGGUACUCCGCUGCACCUCUUGAGGAAGCCCGCAUGACUCUAACAUGUGUCACAUACGGGCGUCAAAUUUUUGGAAUUGGUGGACGACAAGCCUGGGCAGAUGAUGGCGAGGCAGGCUGUUACGAUGCGCCUGCGUUCAUAUAUGACGCACAAUCUGAGGCAUCACGAUCAUCUUUUGAUCCGGGUCUAUCUUCAUUCUCUCUCUCUUCAUCAACAUCCAAAGACAUAGAAGCAUCGCCGACUCCGUCAGCCUGGGCUUCCUCUGACUUACGCACCCUAUUUUCAAGUAAUGCAACAGUCAAGCCUACAACCAACAACACAAAUACCGGUGGCAACACCUCCUCACCUGCAGAGUCAACAGACAGCAAAUCGGGAUCGACAAACACAGGCGCUAUCGCUGGUGGAGUCGUUGGAGGAUGUGCAGGCUUAGCCUUGAUUGUGGGUCUUGUGUGGUUCUUCCUUGUGAGACGCCGAAAGCAGGCUCCCAAAGAUGUCCAUGAAGCUGGAGUUGAGACGCAGCGAUAUCAACCAGUGCAUGAGCUUCCGGUGGGGGCAAGAGAUGGGCGUUCCGAGUUGGGAUCAGACUCCCAUAUGCGUUCAGAAUUGCCUGCAGAGCAUAAGGCGACAAUAUCCGAGCUUGAUACCGAGAGGAACCGGUAG